AUGCGCCCCGGCGAGCGCAUCGUCAAGGCGAUGGAGGCGCUGCCGCGCGCAUCCGUCGCGGGCAUCGCGUCCGCGGAGGGCGAAGACGUCGCCAGGGCGUUGCGAUCGCCGGAGACGUACGGCAGAGCGUAUCCCGCCGCGAACGUCGACGCGUACGUCGAAUCGAACACAGCUGGCAAAAACACAGCUGGCAAAAACACAGCUGGCACGCUCGCGGACGAGCGCGCCGACGACGCGUUCGGGCACGUCCCCGCCGCGGACGUGCACAGGGAUUCGGGCUCUGACGAGAGCUCGAGCUCCAGCGUCGGGUACAGGAGCGUGGACGAGGCGGUGACCAAGCCCGACGGCGUCAAAGUUCGAUUUUCCGCGCCGACGCUUAACUUCGCAAUCAAAGAGCUCGGCGAGCGCGGGAACUUCGAGAGGGCGCACGCGCUGUAUCUGUGGAUGGGGAUGCAGAAGGACGAGCGGUACGUGCCGAACCGGUACACCCUCGUCGCGCUCUUCGGCGCCGCGUCCGAGCGCGGCCACGCGAAGAUCGUCACCAAGGUUUGGCGUCAGCGCCUGCUCUUCGACCCCGACGUCAUCAACAGCGAGGUGGCGUCCGCCGCCAUCACCGCGCUCGGGCGGUGCGAGAACUGGCCCGCGGCGUACCAGGUGUGGAAAGACACCGCGUCCAUCGGCGAGCCGCGGAACAUGUUCGUGUACACGGCGGCGCUCACGGUGCUUCGAGAGUCGCAGCGGUGGGAGGAAGCCGGCGACGUGUUCCGAGCUAUGCGAGACGAACCGGGGGUUAACCCCGACGCCAUCACCGCGGGUCUCACGCUCGCGGCGUUCGACGGCGCGCGGCGGUGGCGCGAGGCCAACGCCCUCGCCAAGCGCCUCGUGGACGUGUACGGGGUUGCCAUGGACGAGCACCUGUGCCACCAGGUGAUCACCAUCGCGGGUCGAGCCGAGGACAUGGCGCACGCUCGGACGCAGUUUAACCGGAUGCUCGAAUCCCCCGGACUCGUCGUCACCACGUAUUCGUACAACUGUCUGCUGGGCGGGUACGCGAGGAACGGCGACUGGGACGGCGCGAGCGACGUGGCGAGGGAGCUUAAGGCGGCGCAUCUCAACGCCGACUCGUACACGUACACGCACCUGGUAUCCGCGGCGGAACGCGCGGGGAGGUACGACGCCGCCGACGACGUGUGGUCCGAGAUGCUCAGGUCCCCGAACCGCGCGGUGAGACGGCCGUCGACGGUGAUGUGCGGGGCGUACGUGCACUGCCUCGGGUGCCAAGGUCGGUGGAUGGAGGCGAGGGAGAUUGUCAACGAGAUGCGCGGCAGGUGGAACGUGAGCCGCAACGCGGCUGUGUACAACGCGCUGCUCGGCGCGCUCGUCAGGGCGGACGAGGUGGAGACGGCGCUGGAGGUGUUCGAGGAGAUGCAGACGGAGGAUGGGGUGUUGCCGACGGAGAUUUCGUUCAUGUUGCUGGUUCGCGCGUGCCAGGAGUGCGGCAUGGUGAACAAGGCGCGGGAGCUGUCGAACGUCAGGGACUCCCUCGCCGAGGCGGGCGCGCUGGAGAACGACUUUAGCAAGUACGACAGCCACGCGGGGUCGAGCGCGCAGGAGGUUGGGCGUCUGGCGGCGGGUUUGCCGCCCGUCUGA